AUGUCCCUAGAUAUUUUGCAAUACCAGCUGCAAAACUUGAGCGUCUUCGAUCCUGAAUGUCUGCCAUUUCGCCCGACAGGAGACUCCGAACGAGGACAUAAGGCAUUUGAUGCCGUGCCUCGGUACCUGUUUCGCGUUUUCACUCCAAAAUCUCAGGGUAAAACCAACGAAUCCUGGACGAAGUCUAUGGAUGCCAGAUAUGAGGUUGCAGACAGUAAGGUAGAUAUUUUUGCCAGACCAAAUAAGCAACGAACAGCAGAGAUGCUAUACAGACAUCUCCGGUGGUUGGAAGGCCCUGAGGAUAACCUCGUGUCAUGGACGAGCUCAUUGUUAUUUGCAUUGGCAUACAUCUUCCACCUCCAUGCCAACAAAAGAGAUGGGUCCAGCUACGACAAUAUACAACUCUGUGUAAUCGACACGUCAAGCUUUCCCGAAGCUGUCUUUCUUCGAGAUAUGGACCUUAUCCGAGCUUAUCUCGUCUAUGGAAUUUCGAAACCUUACGCUGCAAAAGAAGGAACGGCUUCUCUGGGUAUUAUUACUUUGGAGAGUACCUAUCACAAGGAGCCCUAA